AUGUCUGACGACGCGUACAUGAACUUCCUGAACAAGGCCAACGCAGACCUGGACACCGGGCGAGCUCAACAAACACAGGACUCUCCCGCCGUUCGUACCGAAACAGUCGAAACGGGCGUCCGCAUCCCAACUCCCCUGACUUCAGUCGACGCCUACUACAUCUCUGAAACCGAUGAACCGUUCGAACCUGUCGCACUGCGAUGGGAGGGCGCAUCUAGAGGAAUUUUCCCUGAUCCUUCGCAUCUAUCCAGUCUGAUCUCGCCGAAUGCGGAUCUUUCAUCAUCGAUUACUACUAUGUCGCCAUCUUCAUUUGAUCCGAAGAAUCAGUACCCGUCUGCGCUGCGCGCGGUUCGCGCCGCCGUGGCGGAGUCGUCUGGGGGAGAUGAAUCGGCGGUGGAUGUGAAGGUUUAUCGGGUUGAGGUUGGGCCAUCGCGGAUUGAGUAUUAUAUUCUUGCGGUGGAUGUUGAGAAGUCGUUGGUUGUGGGAUUGAGGACGAAGUCUGUUGAGACUUAG